UGAAGUAAGCCAAUAAGAUUUAUCCAUUUAAUUAUUAGUAGCGGCUGCUAAACAACGUCCAACGAAGAAAGUGAUAUUUCAUUUCAUGACUGAACUGAAUUGAAGAAUCUUUUUUGUUGUAUCUCUGUUUUUGGUUUAGAAGCUUGCUUUCUAUAAGCAAAAAAUAAUGGCUGAUGUUGAGGACUGGGGAUUUUCUGCUGACGUCCAAGAAAAAAAUUUAUCUUCUCUUCGUAACUUAAACAUAAAUGGUCCCACUCCACCUCCUGCUUCUGUACCGGAAAACAAUUUAGAAGCUAAAAGUGAAGCUCUUGAAAAUGAAGAACCUGAAUUGGAUCCUGCAGAAAUAUCACUUAUGAAAAAAUUAGUCAGAUCUCAUUUGAUAAAUGUCACAAGUGAUAUUGAUGUUCAACAGAGAAGUCCCAACUCACCUUUAUAUUCUGUGAAAUCAUUUGAUGAGCUGAACUUACGUCCUGAACUGUUAAAAGGUGUGUACAACAUGGGUUUUAAUUCUCCCUCUAAAAUACAAGAAACUGCCCUUCCUACUUUAAUUGCUGAUCCACCCCAAAACAUGAUUGCACAGUCUCAGAGUGGAACUGGCAAAACAGCUGCCUUCACAUUGGCUAGUCUAAGUCGUGUAGAUCCAUCUCUCAAAUACCCGCAUGUCCUGGUACUUUCCCCAACUUAUGAGUUAGCUAUGCAAACUGGAAAAGUUGCACAGCAGAUGGCAAAGUUCUGUCCAAAUAUUGAAUUUCGAUAUGCUGUCAGAGGUGAACACUUGGAGAGGGGAACGAAGAUAGAAGAACACUUUCUGAUUGGAACUCCUGGCAAAGUGUUUGACUGGGCUGUUCGCUUCAAAUUCUUUGACUUAAAGAAAAUUAAAGUGUUUGUUUUGGAUGAAGCUGAUGUAAUGAUAGCAACACAAGGUUAUCAGGACCAAUCCAUUCGUAUUCAUAAACAACUACCAAAGGAUUGUCAAAUGAUGUUGUUUUCUGCUACCUAUUCUUCGGAAGUUAUAGAUUUUGCUGAACUUAUUGUUCCAGAUCCUAUCAUCAUUCGAUUAAGAAGGGAGGAGGAAAGCUUGGACAAUAUUAAACAAUAUUACAUUGUUUGUGAUACAAAAGAAGAAAAGUAUGAAGCUUUAUGCAAUAUUUAUGGAACUAUUUCUAUUGGCCAGGCUUUUAUAUUUUGCCACACUAAAAAGACAGCUGGCUGGUUAGCUGAGAAAAUGUCAAAAGAUGGUCACAAUGUUGCUCUUUUAAGUGGAGAAUUAAGUGUGGAACAGCGUAUCGCUGUUUUAACUCGUUUCCAGAAAGGACAAGAAAAAGUUUUGAUAACCACCAAUGUUUGUGCUCGUGGUAUUGAUGUGGAGCAAGUAACUGUGGUUAUAAAUUUUGAUUUGCCAAUGAAUCAAGCUGGUGAAGCAGAUUGUGAGACUUACCUUCAUCGCAUAGGUCGGACGGGACGAUUUGGAAAAUCUGGACUGGCCAUCAACAUGAUUGAUGGAAAGAAAUCUAUGGCUGUUCUAAGACAAAUUGAAGAACAUUUUCAAAAGAAAAUCAAGAAAGUAGAUGCAAAUGAAAUUGACGAAUUGGAAGAAAUGGGCAAAAGAUAAAAAUAUGAACAUAAUAUAUCAAUCUUGAGCAUAAAUAUAUUCAUUAAAUCAAAAAUCAUCUAAAAUGAAUUCAUGGCAUAAUUUUUUUAAAUUUAUGUUUAAAUAGUUAAUUUUUAUCAAUAAAAACUAAAGCAAAGUUGAAAAACUUUUAUAUAAUGACGACGCAUUAAGUUUUUCACCUGUUUUAUUCUUAUUGCUAAAGGCUCAUUUUACACUGUCAAUUUUUAUUAUUUUUUUAUAAAUAAUUUUACUCUGUAGGGAUAUAUAAUUAUUAAAUAUUUUUAAAAUGAGAUGUAUCUGAAUUUUUGUUUUAAAUAUGACUUAAAUGCACUAAAAAGUCUUGAUAAUUCAAGCAUUAAAUUUUUGAAAAUUCUGACUUAUAGAAAAUUCUAUUAUUCAUGAUUGUUGAUUUAUUGUUAUUAGAUUAGAAUUGACUUGAAUAUUGUAAAAAAGUAGAUAUUUUUUGUGAAGAAAAAUAUCUGUCACUUUAUAUGCUUUCUUGUUUAAUGCAUUUCAAUAUUUCUAUGAUUACACAAACCCAAAUUAAUGAAAGUGUGUAUAUAUUGCACAUAGUAAAUAAAUUCAUUUAUGAAGUUCUA